GCGGCCAAAAAACAGGCCACUAUGAGCCGACCUGAUCCCCACUUGACAACCUGCUGCGAAGAUGACGCCGAUCGCAAUGCGCCGGCGUAGCCCGAAUGCCGCGACGGCGCCGCUGAAAGAGUCGCUCCCGACCAAGUACGACUCGUUUUUUACCAAGACGACGUCGUCCGUCUCGGACACGGCGCCCGCGUCGCCGGCGCUGUACCCGCCGCUCAAGCCGCGAGGCAUGUCAGUGCCGCAGGUGACCCUCACGACGACCGGGCCCAAGCCACGGACGCUCACGGUCGACCUCGAGCGACCACCGCUGCCACUGCCCAAUGUCGCCGUCGACUUUAAUUUUCAGAGCAUUUUCCAUCGCAUCCAAGAGUGCGUGCACAAGAUCCAAGACAUCAAGAAGGACCUCGAGGACGAGACGACCCGCCAUCGAUACUAAUUUUUGACCGAGUCGCUCGCUUGACUAAAUACUACGGUCAACACGUCAUAUUUAUCAUCA